AUGAAUCCAUUGAUUUCUGCCGCUUCCGUUAUUGCUGCUGGGUUGGCCGUUGGGCUUGCUUCUAUUGGACCUGGGGUUGGUCAAGGUACUGCUGCGGGCCAAGCUGUAGAAGGUAUCGCGAGACAACCCGAGGCAGAGGGAAAAAUACGAGGUACUUUAUUGCUUAGUCUGGCUUUUAUGGAAGCUUUAACAAUUUAUGGACUGGUUGUAGCAUUAGCACUUUUAUUUGCGAAUCCUUUUGUUUAA